UCCAUUUGGAGUUAAUGUGUGUAGCAACUCGAACAAAGAAAGAGCCCCCUUUCUGAAGUUGCAAAAAGAAAGUAACUAAAAUGGCUAGUUUUGGCAAUUGGGGUAAUUUUCUUGUGCUGUGUAUUUUACUAGGAAUAGUGAGUUCUAGCAAUGCUCAGUUACAACUCAACUUCUAUGCAAAGAGCUGCCCACAAGCAGAGAAGAUAAUUCAAGAUUAUGUGCAAAAACAAAUUCCAAAUGCUCCAUCUCUUGCAGCUGCCUUGCUAAGGAUGCAUUUCCAUGAUUGCUUUGUCAGGGGCUGUGAUGGUUCUGUACUCCUGAAUUUCACUUCGAGCACAAAAAAUCAGACUGAAAAAGUGGCUGUUCCUAAUCAAACACUGAGAGGUUUCUCAUUCAUUGAUGGUGUGAAGAAAGCAGUUGAAGCUGAAUGCCCUGGAGUUGUCUCUUGUGCAGAUAUUGUUGCCUUGGUUGCUAGAGACUCUGUUGUGGUCACAGGAGGCCCUUACUGGAAUGUUCCAACUGGUAGAAGAGAUGGAAGAAUAUCAAACGCCUCGGAAGCCUUGGCAAACAUUCCUCCUCCAACUAGUAACUUUUCCAGUCUCCAGACUUCUUUUGCCAGCAAGGGUCUUGACCUAAAAGACUUGGUCCUUUUGUCUGGUGCGCAUACCAUAGGAGUCUCCCACUGCCCCUCAUUUUCAUCACGUUUAUACAAUUUUACCGGAGUUUGGGGCAAACAAGAUCCAUCUCUAGACAGCGGAUAUGCAGCUAAUCUUAAGAUGAAGAAAUGCAAAUCAAUCAAUGACAAUACCACAAUUGUUGAAAUGGAUCCUGGCAGUUCAAGUAAAUUUGAUCUUAGCUACUUUAAGCUAGUGCUCAAGAGAAAAGGGCUAUUCCAAUCUGAUGCAGCCUUGACAAAAAGUGCGACAACAAAGUCAUACAUCAACCAGCUAGUACAAGGAUCACUCAAACAAUUUAAUGCCGAAUUUGGUCUAGCCAUGGAGAAAAUGGGCACGAUUGAAGUCAAGACAGGCUCUGCUGGUGAGAUUAGGAAGCACUGUGCAGUCGUGAAUAGUUAAGAGCAGUUUUUGCCCUUUGUUCCCAACUUGCAAUAUUCUUGUGUUUGUAUUUUGUGUGUAACCUUGGUGUGAAUGAUUCAGGAUAACAUGUAUCAUUUCUUUUUUGUAGUUAUUCCAAUUUAUUCUUGUAUAUUGAUGGUUUUCUUGAAAUAAAACUAAGAU